AUGAGGCGGGAGAACCAGACUAGCAUAUCCGAGUUCCUCCUCCUGGGGCUCCCCAUCCUUCCAGAGCAGCGGGGGGUCUUCUUCGCCCUGUUCCUGGGCAUGUACCUGACCACCGUGCUGGGGAACCUGCUCAUCAUCCUGCUCAUCAGGCUGGACUCGCGCCUCCACACCCCCAUGUACUUCUUCCUCAGCCACUUGGCCUUCAACGAUGUGUGUCUCUCAUCUGUCACUGUCCCAAAGACAUUGGCAAACAUGUACACUAAUCAAAAGUCCAUCCCUUAUGCAGGGUGCAUUUCCCAGACUUAUUUUCUAAUACUGUUUGGCUGUCUUGACAAUUUCCUUCUGGCAGUGAUGGCCUAUGACAGGUACGUGGCCAUUUGUCAGCCCCUGCACUACACCACCAUCAUGAGGCCAGAACUGUGUGUCUCCUUAGUCGCUGCAUGCUGGUUUUUCUCCAGUCUCCACUCUCUGCUGCACACCCUGCUCCUGGCCCGACUGUCCUUCUGUGCUGACAGCACCAUCCCCCACUUCUUCUGUGACCUCACUGAACUCCUGAAGGUGAGUUGUUCGGACAUCUCCCUUAACGAUUUAAUCAUCCUCACAGAGGGGGGACUGCUCUUCAUCUUUCCGCUGAGUGGUAUCUUGGGCUCUUAUGUCCGGAUUUGGGCCACCGUGCUGAGAGAGCCUUCAGCUAAGAAAUUCUUCAAAGUCCUGUCUACCUGUGGCUCCCACCUCCUCGUUGUGGCUUUAUACUAUGGGACCAUUGCAGAAGUUUACUUUUUCUCUUCAUCAUCCACCUCCAAUGAUAAAAACAUAACUGCCUCUGUGAUGUAUAUGGUCGUCACCCCCAUGCUGAACCCCUUCAUCUACAGCCUGAGAAACAGAGACAUGAAACGUGCCCUGGAAAUGGUUGUAAAUCGGGCUAAGUUCUUGAUGUCAAAAGACUCAAGGUGA